AUGGCGAUGGUUCCGUGCGAAGCUGGUAAAGACAUCGAGUAUGCGGAGCACCUUGAACAGGCCCUAUCCCAUAGGCCCGAUCACCUGUACUUCCUGCCGCAGCUAAGGCUUGCAUGGACCCGUCCCGUGCGCCCAAAGGGCGAAGACGAGCAUAUAAGCAAGUAUCUGGAAUUUGUCGCGGCCGGUGCCGUCAGAAUACACAAGCAUGCAACCGCUCUCCUGCGUUGGGAGAGGGACUUCGCAGUUUGGCAGCAGCAGGACCAGGAUGAUCUCAAGGCGGUUCGGAAAGCGAGCAUUGUAGCGAAACUGGCAGAUCUAGGAUACGACGAGCGCGACUUCCCUGUGAACGACCAGUGGUCAAAAAUGGUUGACCAGCCGAAGGAGCUCACCGAAAGCACGUGGAAGUACCUCCGGCCCAAGCUCAAAGCACUCAUCCAAGAAGAGAAGGAGCGCCGUGUGCGCGCGGCCUUCGACGAUAGAGUGGCACAUCGCGUGGGGCAAAUUGCGGGUUUCUUCGACAACUUCUUCGUCGAUAUUCCCGAUGAGCAGCGGUGUCUAUUGCCAAACGAGUUCGACACGUGCCAUCUGCCGAGUCUCCUCGCUCUCGCUCAGCAGAACGAUGCCCAGGGCGACGUCGCGGAAGCGGACUUCCUUGCCCUUGCCACACAAGUGCGGCAAGAAGUGGAUGCAUACAAGACCCGUGCAAGGGAGAUCGCGGUCAUGAUGAUCGGCGACCGGACGUGGUGUAAAGCGGAACGGCAUGCGUGGAACAGUACGCUCACGAAACUACCCCCCGAGCAAGUUCUCACGCGGCACUACGCGCUCUUCCGCUGCUCGGAGACGCCCGAGUGCCAGACUGGUCCCCUCGUGUUCGAGGCGUUGCAUGCGCAUUGGCGCGCCGCGCACCCGCAGACGGCGUGGGGGAGUUCCGCAUUCGACACGGUGUGGAACACCACGUCGAGUUCGAAGCUGCGCAAUCGCAUCGGCGUGUGCGGAGACUUCAAGGUCGGGGGAGAGAUCCUGAAAGCGGUGGGUCUGCGGCUUGGAACGCGCAUGAAGAAGCUGGAUGACCUACUGAGGAGUGGGCGGCUGUAUUGCUCCUGUGGGGACCCGGCAUUGCCACCUCCAGAAGAGCUUGACUGGGCGAAGUUGUUGAUGCAUGUCAAAACCGAUAUCCACGCGUACAUUACGCGCAAAAGGGCGCGUACGAAGAAUGCAAACCCCAAACUCAUAUUGAAAGCGAAUCACGUCCUCACCGAUUCCAAUCCUUGCAUUAAGCUCCUCGCGGAAGGUGCAGACACUGCUCCCGCGCGGUCGCGUGCGAUAGUCAUCGAUGACAAGACACGCGGGAAAGUCGACGAACGUCUCACAAAGCGCCCGGAUGCAGACUACUAUCCUGUGUGUCGGAUCUGCAAGGGUCUCACUGCGAAGGAACACAUGAAGUACGGUUGCCGCGAGAUGCAGCUGCCUAAUACUCCAGAAGGGAUUGUCUACCACUUGCGAGCAUGGCAUGACAAGGAGUUCGAGAAGAGAGACAUCUUAUGGGAUUACGGAAGUAGGCAACAUAUGGUGACGGUCAAGCGCGCCGAUCCAACAGACUGGGCUCGGGCCAACUUGGGGUUACGAACGCAGUACGUAUGGGCCACAUUACGUGGGAAGAGCCCGUAUCACCACGCCUCCUUUAGCAAUCACAGCUUCACCACUUGCACCUAUACCGCAAUGUCCUCUGCACAGUCUACCACUUCCGUUUCUCAGCCUUCCGUCUCUGCUCAGCCUGAUACCACUUCUCAGCCUGCCGCUCCUGCCCAACCUGCACCGGCGGCUCCGACCCAGCCAGCAAAUGGCACUCAGCCCGCAGCCUCCGCCCCUCAACUCUCCACCUCAGGCCACCAAUCCUCUACACGGCUCCAAGCCCGAGAAAUAUCUGUCUCAUUGGCCGACAUGAGACAAAUUACCCUCGAGGAUGGGCAGAUCAUCGAUAUUCCGAUAGCCGUUCUCCAAAACCCCGCCCUGAAGCCUACCCAGUUCGUCAACCUCCAGCACCACUUUGCCGCUCACCGCGGGGAGCCCGUCGAUUUGUCCCAGUGCGAGACCGCGGACGAGGCGAUCGACAUCCUCGCCGACGAGGUCGAGGCGGUCCGUCUCGUGCUUUACGGCUACAUCGUAAACUUCCAGCGCUACGUCGAGCGCUUCGAAGCAGCACACGAAGAGCUCAGGGCCGAAAUCCUCAGCAUGGCCGAGUCGUACAAAGGCUUGGUCAAGAUGAGCACACAUGCAGAACAGAUCGCGCGGCAGAUCGGACACAAUUUCGUUGCGCUGAGUGAGAGGAUUGAAGCCCUGCCCUCCGGCAGCGCCGUGCGUCCGCCGAAGAUCCCCAAGAUGCCAAGUGGUAGAGGGCUCGCCAACCCCGAGAUGUCGGCAGAGGACAGCGCGACCAUGUCUGCGCGGAAGCACGACGACUCUAAGGAGAAAGAUGCGGCCACCGCAGUCGUUCGCAGCGUGUGGCACCUCAAAGACGCCGAGAUCGCAAAGGAAGCCAUAUCGCCCGCACCUUCCUCUUCGAAACGCGCGGCCAGGCGUGUCGCGAGGAAGCCGCGGGGGCGCGGAACGAAGGUCAUGCUGAAGGUCGACAAAGUCGUCGAGGGGGUGGAGGCUGCGCGCAAGCAGCUGCACGUUGUGGACAUGAUGACGAAACGGAAGAUCGUUGUCAUACGCCGCAUGGAGUACGACGAGAAGGCGGACAUAAAUGAGCUGUGGGGCGAGCAUCAGCGGCUGGACAACCACAUGGGCUUAAUGCGCAACUUAAACAAGGAAAACGAAGUGCAAUUGAAGAAGUGGGGCGAAUGGACAGAGGUGUCCAAGAAGACGGCUGCUGCCCCGGAAACCUCCGUCGCCGCCACCGCCACCCCGGAUGCUGUCUCGUCCACACCUCCCGAAGCGGCGGACACUCAGGAAGACACUUCGUCUGCGGAUGUGCAGGACUCGCCACUCCCACUUUCCACCCCUGCCCCCGCUGACCCCGCUGCCCCUGCCCCCAAUGACCCCGCCAUCACUGCCCCUGCCCCUGCUGCCCCCGCCAUCACUGCACCUGCACCUGCUGCCCCCGCCUCCACCGUCCCCGCCACCGUGGAUGCUGUCUCAUCCAUGCUUCCCGAAGCGGCGGACCCUCCGAGUCAGGAAAACAGUUCUUCUGCGGAUGAACAGGACUUGCCCCUUCCACUUUCCACCCCUGCCCCUCCCACCGCCGUCCCCGCGCCCACCGCCACCGCCCCCGCCCAUCCGCACGUACAUAUCUCGGCUCCACCAGUAGAGGGAGACAUAUACGCGGUCUCUCUCGACUUGUUGUACAACAAGGACCUCAACGAGCUCACGCGCGACGAGGCGAUCCAGUUGCUCACGAGGCUCCCCCUUCGCGUGCAGUUCGUGCCGUAUGGCGCACCUCUUGAGACGGACACGCAGGAAGAGGACGAGAACGAGGUCAUCGUCAUCGACGACGACGACGAUGACGACGAGGCGAAGUCGGUGGAGCCCGUGGAGGGUCUCUCGUGCCCAUCGUCCGCGGAAAAGGCGGCAGCCGCCGCGGCGGUCCCCGAGUCGCCGACGCCUGGCAGCGAGACCAAGCCGCGCUCUCGCAAGCGGACGCGGAACGAGCAUGACGAGGACGAGGACGGAGAUUGCGCGGUGGAAGCGAUUGUGGAUCCUCGUCCCACAUCUGGUGGUUCGCCGGUCAAGAGGAAGCGGGGAGGCGAUGCUUGA